AAUCUAGCGCCGUCAGAGUUGAAAAAGUUGAGAAACAAGCAGAGGAAACAACGUAGAAAGGCGGAGCUGGAGCGGCAGCAGGCUGCCCAAGCGCAAGAGAAGAAAGAACAGCACAACAAGUCACGGCAACAAACCGAUCCCGAUUUAGAACAGCCUACGCUAGACGAACUUAUACCGGAGAAACUGGAAAGGGUCGAGGAUCCUCUCGAGCAGGCAAUCAAAUUUCUACAACCUUUGCAAGACCUGGCAUCAGAUAGAAUAGAAACGCAUCUCAUGGCGUUUGAAAUAUACAUUCGUAAAGGUCGUACGUUGCUGAUGUUAAGGUCGAUAAAACGUGCACACGGUCUGAAUCCCAACAAUCCGGACCUGCAUACGUGUCUAGUACGUUUCAUGUUGUACAUUAACCGGUCGCCGUUGGAUGGGCCAGUAGGCGAGGUAGUGAAACGUCAAACCGCAGGCAUCUACUCGACAUCGACGGCCACUCAGCUGAACGCGGAAUUCCUAAAGAAGAAUCGAAACUCACUGCCGCAUCUGCUCCAGGGCGCGAAGAUACUGUACGUCCUGGACCCGUCCGCUCAAACGAAAGCUCUCUCACUCGUCACAAGCAUUGAUGAUCUCGAAGGUGUAACACUGCAGAAUUGUACAAAGGUACUGGAGUCGUUGCGUAACGGUGACUUUGGCCACUGUGACUCGACGAUCGCCGACUAUAUGACUAAAUGUCACAAGUACUUUCCAUACGCGACCGCUUUUCGACCGUCGGAAACGAAGGUGACCGUGACGAUCAAACAUCAAGAGAAAGAGAACUCCAUCAAGAAC